CCACAGUCAGCCAUAUGGGAGUUCAGCAUCUCAAGCACCUACCCACCUCCCAGCCCUGAGAUUUUUACUCUUCCUAAGUGUGAUAUUCCCAAGAGCCUCUCUCAAUUAGCAGGUGGAGACAGGCCUUUAGAGCUAAAGCCCGUAAGAUUUCCAGGCCCCACCAAGUCUGGAGACACUUAGUCUUCGUUUCAUGACAAAAGUAAUAAUCCAUCCAAGUUGGUCAGGGCCAGAUACCUAGCAAAUGGGCACGAGAGAGGGGUGGGUCCUGCCGAUGCUUGGAGGAGGUUUAGACUGGAGAGCUCACAAUGCCUCAGACAGAAAAGGGCCUCAGCUCUACCAGGAUUCAUGAGCAGAGCCCCCAGAAGGGUGGUGUGUGACAGAAGAGGUGACACAGGAGAGGCUCCUUGCUCUCUGCUAAUCCAAGAAAAGACUCCUGAGACAGGUGAGUACCUCUUUUGACAAAAGGUGGCUUGAGAAAGGUUGACAAAUAAGGUGUCCAGGACAAAUACAGAUUAGAAAUGGUUUGGAAGAAGGCAAUGCCAAGAGCCUGGGGACAGAAAGGCCUCUUGGACCUAUGAGAAAAUCCUUCCUCCCUGUCUGUCCCUCCCUGCAAUGGUGUCACAAGACAGACAAGGACGGGUGUCCCCUCCAGAGAGGUGACCAAUUGGGCAUCUGCCUGGCCAUGUCCCUCUAGGACCCCGUGGGUGCCUCUUAGUUUCGGUAGGCUGGUACAAAGUCCUGGCCUGGGGAGAGAUGAGGCUCCCCCAGUGCCAAGUGCUGCCCUGAGCCUUAGGAGGUCACUUUGGCAAGCAGGCUAGGACCUGAACAGUCUCCAUAGCUGGAGGCUGUGGAGCCUGCAGUCACAUUCGCACUCACCCACCUUCCAUUCUCCAAGUUAAGAACAGCGCCUCCCCUUUUGGGAGGUCCCUGUCUGUGGUCCUCUGACCACAGGAGGUGAUUAAUCUCCUCUUCCACUGUACUUGGGGGCCUGACUGGGUGUGCAGUCCCUGGGGAUUUACCAGAUACCAGAUUACCAGACCCUGAGUGUCUUCUAGUGUCUUGGACCUCAGAGACUCAGGCUCAGAGCCCACAGCCCUAGGAAGGGAGGGCUGGAGUCCCCAAGGUCUGCUGGUCCGUGCAGGUGCCUGGGAUCAGGUGCCCCCACAAUGAAACACAGAAGACUGGCCCUGGGCUUGGGGCUCUGCCUGCUGGCUGGCACGGUCCUGCGUCUCCUGUGGGUGUAUGUCGAGAACUGGCUGCCGGUCUCCUAUGUCUCCUAUUACCUCCCCUGUCCAGAGAUCUUCACCAUGAAGCUGCAGGACCGAGGGGAGAAGCCAUUCCAGCCGGGGGCACGGCCACAGUACCCUCAGCCCAAGCUGCUGGAGCACAGGCCCUCGGAGCUGCUGACGCUCACGCCCUGGCUGGCGCCUAUCGUCUCCGAGGGAACCUUCAACCCGGAGCUUCUGCAGAGCAUCUACCAGCCUCUGAACCUGACGGUGGGGGUCACGCUGUUUGCCGUGGGGAAGUACACCAGCUUCGUCCAGCGCUUCCUGGAGUCAGCUGAGAAGUUCUUCAUGUGCGGUUAUCGGGUACACUACUACGUGUUCACCCACGACCCCACGGCCAUUCCCUGGGUUCCGCUGGGCCCUGACCGGCUCCUCAGCGUCAUCCCCAUCCAUGGUCACUCCCACUGGAAGGAGAUCUCCACGCGCCGGAUGGAGACCAUCAGCAGGCACAUUGCCGAGAGGGCACACCGGGAGGUGGACUACCUCUUCUGCCUCGAUGUGGACAUGGAGUUCCGGAACCCCUGGGGCCCUGAAACCCUGGGGGACCUGGUGGCUGCCAUUCACCCUGGCUACUACACUACACCCCGCCGGCACUUCCCCUACGAGCGGAGGCCUCUUUCCACAGCCUUUGUGGCAGAUGACGAGGGGGACUUCUAUUAUGGUGGGGCAGUCUUUGGAGGGCAGGUGGCCAAAGUAUACGAGUUUACCAGUGGCUGCCACAUGGGUAUCCUGGCAGACAAGGCCAAUGGGCUCAUGGCAGCCUGGCAGGAGGAGAGCCACCUGAACCGCCGCUUCAUCUGGUACAAGCCGUCCAAGGUGCUGUCCCCUGAGUACCUCUGGGAUGACACGAAGCCCCAGCCGCCCGACCUGAAGCUGAUCCGCUUCUCUACGCUGGACAAGAAUAUCAAGUGGCUAAGAGACUGACGCCCAGGGGGCCCCCCAUGGGUGGGGACCCAGAGCUCUGCAGCACCUGCACCACAGCCUCACUGCUCCACGCACCGCGUUCUGCCCACCUGUCAGAACUCAGCUGGGAGAUGGGUGUGGAAGGGCACUGGGCACUGCUCGGAGCUCCAUCAAUGGGGGUACAGAGACCACAGCAUGGUGUGGCCCAAGAGUAGCUGAUAGGCAGGAGGAAGGCGAGGGAUUCCGAAAGGCAGAGCCUGGGCUGUCGUGUCUAGCUCAGCGAAAGUGGCAGCAUUCUGCUCUGCUGGUUCCAUUUUGUUGCAUGUAACCCCAGAGUCACACUUCCAAAGUCACAGCGUGAGAGGAGCCCGGACCCUGUCCCUGCAUGAUGGUGUCCCCCAGCACACGUGGCCAGUUCCUCACUCAAGACCUCAGAGCCAGCCUGUGAAGUGGACCAAGUCUAGGCGUCUCCGCUCUCCUGCAUCCCAGGCGGGGCCACUCCUGGGGACCAGCACGUCCUUGGUGAGAGUUCUGGGCGGUUUUUAGUAAAGGUGUGUGCUGGUCUCUGACCAGGGGU